GUUGUAAGCUCUUUCAAAGCUCCCUUCGAAAUCUCCGUCUCUUCUCCUUCUUCUCUCUCUCUCUCACUCGAUCGGCAAUGGCUGCCCCCAACUCCAUUUUCACCGCCGCACCGUCGCGAAAUCUAGCACGUAUCUCUCUCCACCAGUCAUCAUUGUCUUCACCGUUGAGUCCCCGGGUCACCAGAUCGAACUCCGUCGCAUUUCGUCCCAAACCCCGAUCCAGCUCGCUCGUCUUCUGCUCCACCGAUGAAUCAAAUGUCUCCUCCGCAGAGAAAGAGAUCCCAAUUGAACUCAGGUACGAGGCUUAUCCGACAGUGAUGGACAUUAACCAGAUACGAGACAUUCUGCCUCACAGGUUCCCGUUUCUGUUAGUGGAUAGAGUGAUAGAGUACACAGCUGGGGAAUCUGCGGUGGCUAUCAAGAAUGUGACCAUUAAUGACAAUUUCUUUCCUGGGCAUUUCCCUGAGAGGCCCAUCAUGCCUGGUGUCCUCAUGGUUGAGGCGAUGGCUCAGGUGGGAGGAAUAGUGAUGCUGAAUCCAGAAGUGGGGGGAUCUAAAAGCAACUUCUUCUUUGCUGGAGUCGACAAAGUCAGGUUCAGAAAGCCUGUGAUUGCUGGUGACACUCUGGUGAUGAGGAUGACGCUUGUGAAGCUGCAGAAGCGGUUUGGGAUAGCCAAAAUGGAAGGGAAAGCAUACGUAGGGAACACUCUGGUAUGCGAAGGAGAGUUCUUGAUGGCUAUGGGAAAAGAAGAGGAGUGAUCAUCUUCUCAUUGCCUUUUGCUUCUUCUUUUUUCUCCUUACCCCUUGUGGGUACGAGUUAUUUAUCACACAUUUGAGUCUUAUUUCUAUCUCCAGUUUCUGUUGUUUGUUACGAAUGCUGUUGACCAUUUAAAAGAAAAUAAUGAAUUGGAAUUAUCACA